ACUACUUUGGUCGUCAGAGGCAACGUAGCUAGCGCUAGUCGCGAACCUCAAAAACCCGCAUAUCAAUGUUAACCGUCCAUUUCGCAGAACUCUUGAUUCGCUUAACAUUACCCGACGACGACGACAUACGCUUCGCAUUGAAACGAUGAUCCUACGCAAUAGGAUUACCCAUGUUGUAAUCCUUAUAAUAGUGGCACUGUUGUCAGAAGAAAGAGCACAUUGCUUCGACGAUGCCAACAACAAUAAUGUUAAGAUCACUAAACACGGUCUGGAGUUGACUCAGACAAUAAAUAUUCAACGGCAGGAAUAUAUGCAAAAAAUGUGCGAAAAUAUGGGAUAUAAUAUGCAAACACUGGAAGACCUCACCGAUGAGCAAAUGGAACAUAUGAUUGUCGAUCCAGAGCAUAAGUUUAUGUAUUGUUAUGUUCCAAAGGUAGCCUGCACGAAUUGGAAACGAGUCUUAAUGAUACUCACUGGAAACUGGCAAAAUGGCACUGAUCCUCUCCAAAUUCCAGCUUCACUCGCGCACUCACCAAAUAUGUUUAAAAAACUAAGCUCUCUAAACGAAGACGAACGCAAUACAGUUCUAUCAGAAUACACCCGUUUCGUUCUGGUGCGACAUCCAUUCGAAAGAUUGUUAUCAGCUUAUCGCAAUAAACUAGAAGGAACAUCAUCAAGUGCCAAAUACUUUCAAACACGAGUUGGUCGACAAAUUGUUAAGAGUUUUCGUGUCAAUCCAACAAAUGCUUCACUUGAAAAUGGAGAUGAUGUGACUUUUGGAGAGUUUGUCCAAUAUCUUCUUACGCCCGAUGUAAGUUUAUUUAAUCAAUCCUUCAAUGAGCAUUGGGAACCGAUUUCUAAGCUUUGCCAUCCGUGUGUCAUAAAAUACAAUGUAAUUGGCAAAUAUGAAACUCUUCUGGAUGACUCAGCACUGGCAUUGUACUUAACUGGUGACAAUAAUCUAACCUUUCCCACCGGCCACAAGUCAUCGGGUACUAAAAAUGUUCUACGUGAAUAUUUUGAUCCUUUGCCUAUCGGUGCUAUUCGAAGGCUCUACGAGAUAUAUUUAGAAGAUUUUAAAUUAUUCGAUUAUGGAGUUGAACACGUUCUAGGGUUUGAAUUUGGAUAAAAGGUUAUUUGCUUAUAUAAAUUUCUUCAAGUAAACUGUACAAAAAAAGAUUUUUUUGCUGUUACAAAAAACUAUACUUUCCCAUAUAAGCAUUUUUGUUAUAAUAUUAUUUGUUGUUAUAUAUUUUUGUUAAAAAUAUUGUUUGCGCUUGAGAUGACCGUUAUUGGUAGUUUGUAUGUGAUAUUUGUAUUUGAAAGAAUUAAGAGAAUAUUGAAGAAGCUUGUGCUCCUAGGCAUUGAUCUAGAAUUAUAAAUAAUAAAUUGUUUAUAAAAAUUAAACACAAAUAAGACAUAAUUUUAAUAUGUAAGUCAAAGAUAGAAAAUAAAUUAUUUUAAUUUUUGGA